GUUGAUUUUCUUCUACGCACGAAAACGCGAGUGAAAACAGUGCUGGGUACUUUCCACCUGAAAAAAACUGUACCUUAAUUGCUAGUUAAGCAUUGAAAGUAGUUUGGAAGUUGCCUCACUGUGCCGCUAGCUGUGUUUGGCAGCGUAAGGCGGUUCCCGGUUGUUGCACGAUUGGGCGAUUGUGGCGGUAGUGUUGAUGAUGCCCUCCCGGGCGUUAUUGCGUUGAAAUGUGGUUUUGUGGCAACUAUCAGCAUUAUUUUCAUCCUGAAAUAAGCGGAUAACAGUGUGGAUAGAUGUACCUGCUGUGGGUUUAGUGAAACUAGUGGAACAGGGAGCGGCUGUUGAGGUUUGAUGCAAACAGCACAAGCUCGUGGUUGGUGUAUCUGUUGUGUGGGCUGUUGGCAGUACAGAAGGUGUGUUUAUGUUGUGUUUUAAUUGUUUCAACAAUGCGUUACAUGCUUUGAGUUGAACGAAACUCAUACUCUCUUCGAGUUAGCUAAACCUGAUCCUAAGUGUAUGCACAGGAGCAAAGUACUUGGCAAAGCGUGCGACGGCGGAUGUGAAAACAUCACCUAACGCAACUGGCCAGCAUCCUUUUGUGAGGGUUCUCUAGCAACCCGUGCUGAAUGGUGAUAGAACACAACCAGUGACGUAUUUGGAACACACAUUUGGAAAGGGUUGUUGUAAUAGAUCGUGUAUAUGAUGGCCGUUUUUGGGGAAUACGUUGUGCAUGUCAGCCAAAGCGUGUAAUUGAAAGUGUGUUAUUGUACAGCAGAGGGCCAUCGAGAGCAACCGAACAGAAUGUCAACAAAAACAACUACGACCACCACAACGGUAUCCGGCCGCAGCUCUGGGGAGUUCGAUGUGACUUCCUUCGAGAAACGGCUGCGCGACCUGAAGGAUACACAGGAUAGCAUCCAGCAUCUAUCGAGCUGGUGCCUCUCGAGACGGGCACACCACAAAAAGAUAGUUAGCAGUUGGUUGAACGUGCUGAAACAAGUAAAAAUUGAAAGCAGAUUGACGCUGUUCCACCUGGCCAACGAUGUGAUACAGAAUAGUAAGCGCAAAAACUACGAGUACGUCGAUAGUUGGGGAACGUACCUGCAGAAAGCGACCACGCUGGUGCGAGAUGAAAAGGUGAAGCAUAAGAUAUUGCGCAUUUUCAAAAUUUGGGAAGAGCGGGAAAUCUACAACGAAGAAUUCUUGGCCGAUUUGAACGGAUUGCUAAGCGUGACUACAUCGUCGGCUAAGAAACUGCAGCAACAACAGCAGCAGCAACAGCAACAACAGCAACAGCAGCAACAGCAAAAUGCAUCCAGCUCGAACGUUGGUGGACCGACACUCGCCACCGGUCCGACGAAGCUGACGGAAACGAAAACCGUCGUCAUUGCCAGCACUUCCCAGCUGGAUAUAGAUGACUAUCAAGCCUCCAAUCUGGUGACGGCCGUUCGCGAAUGUGUCAAACACCAGAGCGAAACCGAUCAUACGUUCAAGGGACUGAACAAAAAGCCCCACAUUGAUGUGGAAGCGGUGAUGAACUCGAUCAAGGGUAAGGACCGCUCGAAGGUGGAAGAGGUCGAGCUCGAGAUCGAUGAACAUCUGGCACAGUACGAGAAGGUGGUGGAGGUGUUAAAAACCGAACAGAAAUCGCGCCAAGAGCUGCUGACAGUACUGGAGCAGGCGGGUUUGUUCUACGAGAACCAGCGGACGGAAGUGAAGGUGGUAGUAAAUGCCUACCGAAACUUCGGCAGUCGGCUGAAAAGUAUGAAGAAGAAGUUGGACGAGCUGACGGUAAGUUUGCCGAGUCCGAUUCCAUCACCAGACAUCAAUGCACCGUCACCGGUGCCCUCGGAUGGUGAUAACAUUUUGCCGAUGGAGGACAAUUACUUCCAGAUGCUUCAGCAUCAUGGUAGUUAUAUGGGUGCCGGCAACAUUUCGUUCGACAUGAACGACUUUACCCGCAGUGACUCUCCGAUGGUCAUGAACAGAGUACAACCGAUUCAAGUGAUACAUUCGCGUAAGGAACAAACCGAAGGGGUGAACGAUUUCCUGAAGACUUUUUUCCCCGAUCCAUCAGGUUACCAUGGGCCACCGGCGGGCGCACAAAACAUGUCGACGGGCGGUGGAGGGGUGCCACCUUCGCAGCCACCACCGGGCAUCGUACCUCAUCCAAUUGGACCAUAUGGUGGUACAGGAGGGAGAGGUGGUGGUGGUGGUGGUGGCUUUAUAAAUCCUUGGGCAUCUUCGACGCCACGCGGUCCUCCCCAGGGAAGGGGAAACAAUGGUGGUUACGGUGGUAACAACCGACCACCUCCAUACAGCGGUCAAUCGAUGGAUUAUGGAGCGCCGCAACAGUCACAGGGCGUUGGACGCAAUGCGGGAUCCAUUACCCAGCCGCUACAACCACCACCAUUGCCGCCUAUCAAUCUGGAUGCAUCGGACGACUACAACUCGACCUGGAACAUGUCCAUGACGUGGGAUGGAACGCAUGAUUCCUCCGGCUUCCAGAGCUUGGAUGCACCCGUCUCUCCGUCUCACUAUGAUCGGAAAGGAAUGAGCAACAGUGCAAUGCUGGUGGAUUAUGGUGAUGGUAGCAGUGGUGACGGUGGACUAAUGCAAGACGUUGACCAUCGGCAGCUGUCGGGUAAUCUGUCGAUGCCACCGUUCGCGAAAGAAAAAGGUCGUCUAGCGGAUGUGGACCAUAGGAAUUUAAUCUCACUUACCGGAUCUCCCGGCGGUCCGCCACAAUCGAAGGAUGUGCACGAACUCGAUGCCAUGGACGACAGUUCGUCCUCUAGCAGUAUGCCGGUGGCGACGAUAAAUCGUGGUAUGCCAAAGCGCAAGGCACCUCCACAACCUGUACCUGCCCCUACGGUGCCAUCGAGUGAAUCUGGUGGCAGUAGAGCUUCAAUUUGGGCAUCCCACGGCAAUUCAUUCUCUGCACCGUCGAACGAUAUCGAUCUACGGUUGUUGCCACCGUCCUCUUCCGCUGUGUCGAUGCCUACCUCGGCCCUGACCGUGAUAUCGACGACGGGGGAAGAUUGCGAGCAGGGUGCUGUCGCUCACAACGACACCGGAGACGACACAAAUGAUCUCGAUCUCGAUAUGAGAAUAAAAUCGUUGGAAAAAACGAUCACGGCGCAGUAUGCGAACAACGCGGGUCAUAACUCGUUACCGCAUCUCUCCAUCGAAAGGCUCGGCGGAUCGAAUGAGGAUGAAAAUGAGGAUAGCGUACAAUCGCCUGAAAGCGUAAUAGGUGAUGAUGGGGGUGAAUUGAAUUUACCUUCGCUGCAAACGCCGGUUUCACUGCUAGAGAUCGACAGCUUUUUGCAAAACUUUGAACGGGAAAACUUUGAGGAUUUUACGAAACCACCAGCUUUACUGAUGAGCAACCAGACAGAGACGUCCCAGUCACCACCAGCUACCUCAGAGCAUUCCGGUUCGGUGGUAGGAGAUGUGAAGAGAAAUCCUUCCGACAACACUGAGAGUGUGGACAUGGACCUAUCGGACGAGGAAAGCGAUAUAUUGCAGCAAUCCCAGCAAGAUGGAGAUAAAGGUUCGCCUUCCCAGUCUACAGCCUCCUAUCAUCAUGGCGUGGACGAGAGUAGCAACGAUGCAACAGCAAUGGAUGAUUCUGGGACCCAGGACAACCAGGAGUGUGAUAACCCGUUAAUGCGAUUACCGGUCAAUAGUGUUGGCAAUGCGAAUAACAACGGUGUUGGUGGCAGUGGCAACAGCAGCAGCAAUGGCGCCGGUGGUAAUAAUCAAACGACACCCUUGCUUCAACGGCCUCCAUUGUUACCGGAUCCAACGUUCCCACCCGGUGGCGGUCCCAAGUGGGAUUUGCCACCGCCCAGCCUGAUGAGUUUACCGACGAUGUUGGGUAACUUUAAUGCAGUCAUACCGCCGCCACCGACGCCUGGUGCGCUCGUGAACAAACUCACCCAACCACCGCCCGGUGCAGGCCAAAUCUGGGCCGAUCAGCCACCUCCAAAUGGGCAGGCCGAUGUAGCGAACCGGUUCGGUACACCGAACCGUCCUCCGCCCCCACUUCCGUUCGGAUCCGGCAACGGUGGCCAAAAAGUGGGCGGUAUUAACUUCCGCGGUGGUGGAACGCCUCGCGGUGGACGUGGCCAUACUCGACCACCGUACUUUCGCGGUAGAGGAGCGGGUGGCGCGCGUACAAAUAUCGUCCCAGGAGGUUUGAUGAUGGGUGGUCCCGGUGGUGGUCCAUUCGCCGGACAGGUCGUAAGCGGUACGGGUGGGUCGCCGGCAAUGCGCGGCGGAUAUCAUCGAGGCGGUGGUAACAAGUUCCGCGGUGGUGGUGGUGGUGGUGUUGGAGGAGGCAAUAACCGUACCGGUUGGUAACGAGAUUUAUAAAUGUGCGCGUGUGUGAGAGGACAAUGAAAGUUGAACGGUCGCAUGAGUGAACUGAAAACUAUUGUAGCUUACUUUAAGACACAGCUUUUCUGAUGUAAAUGGCAACAAAGUUAAGGUAUACAACAAUUUCACGGCAUUAGUUUAUCAAAUGCGAAUCGUACGCGACGAUACGGUACCGGAAGGAGCACUAUCGAAUAUAAGUGUUGACAACGGACAUGGAAAAGGUUAGGUUAGCAGCACGUUCUGCUGUAGGGAAUGUUAUAGGGUGUGCAGCAAGAUGUUUGAUUGGCACUGCGUGCCGAUCCGCGACCGAUUGUCUUACAGGGUUCAGUUGUACAUACAAAACAUGUGUAAAAUAUAGCAAAACAAAACGUAUACAUUUAACGCAACCCAAAGUAGCUGUAAAUUUGAAGCGCCGUAAACCGAAAGCUAGGGAGCAGAAUCUGUAAAUCGGAAAUUCAUUCAACUACACUGCGCGGUGUUGUUUUCUUCCGAAGGACAGAGGCGGAACGAUGGUGCAGCUGACCCUUGAGGUGCAGAAAAGUAUGGGUUGUAAAUGGCAAAACAUAUAGUUAGUAAGCGAUACGCUAGUACUGGCUGGUAUUGGGAAAUGAGUGACGCCGAUGGAACGAUUUAUUGUGUUCGUAAUCGCGAGAGCAUUGUAAGCAGUUAGUAGCUUUUGUCAGGCGGCUAUUUAUUUGCCAAUGGCAUAUUUCUAACGGGAUUUGUAUUUCCGCUAUUUGGGUUAGAAUGUAUGUUUUACGUUAAAUGCGUUUCAAUGAAGGUAGCGCACUUACAUCUGGAGGCGUUAAUAUACUACACGUCGAUAAACGAUCUACAUCAUCAUCAUGAUUUAAUCGCACGUAUUGCAGUUCACAUACAGUGUGUGGUAACAUACGAACUGCCUUUAGUGAGAAGUUCUGCAAGUUUACAUAAAUAUACCUAACCAAACAUAUUACAUCGUGUUUGUCCCAUGUCGGUAAAUACAAAAUAGGUAUGUGUGUGUGGAUAAAGGAAAACAAUUUGCCGGCAGCGUUAAAAUAUGGGUAGUAAAUAUAAUACACGAAACGAAAUAAAAUUACAACAAGUAAGGGCAUUAGUGCUGUUUAAUCUGUGUGAAGUAAAGAUGUAGAGUGUUGUAGGAUUAGAGAAAACGAAAUUUAAAAACCCAUUUUAAUUCGAAUUCGUUUAUUUUCGCUGUCCUUCUUGAAAUCGAAAUAGACAGUAUAUCAAUAUAUACAUACAUAUAUGUUUUAACAAGUGUUUGAAAGAUAAAAAUAAAUUAAAAUGUGUUGCACUCUUGAACUUUUCCCGGUGGCGUUGUUCCGUCGCUUUGCAUCUGCUAGCGGAACAAUAUUUUUCACUCUACGUUUUAUGUUCUUAUCCGCUCGUGAAUGUUUUGAGUUUUGAUUUGAUUCAUCUCUACACAUUGCGUGCAACGGAUGCAUCAUUCGUGAAUAACAUUCUGAGCAUUUAUCGAGCUCGAGUUUUUUUUUAUUUCUUGUGGAUAUAACUUUUUUUUCUUUCUUUCUUAAUUUACUGGGGGGAAAUUACUGUCUUAGAGUAGUUUAGUAGUGUCGGUUCUACAUUGAGGAGAAUGUGUACCAUUUUUAAGUUAGAGUUCAAAAUAUCUAAACGUUUUUCUUUAUAUAAUUGUGCACUGUUUAUUGGUUUCUGUUUAGUGAAAUACAAAUGAUUAAAAUUUUAUUGUACGUGAAAGUUAAUCCGUCCUUAAGUUACGAAUGUUUUAUUGGUUUUUAACUUGUUUUGUAAUGAAUGAUUCAAAGUCCACAAAAGAACGAAGAAUAAUGUUUGCUUCAUGUCAUAGAACCGUGUGUUUACAGCAAUACAUUUUUUUAAAAUGUGUUUUAAUAAAAAAUGAAUUUAAGAAAAAUCAUUUGCAAUCCUUUUAUGAAAGGUUUUUGGACUUUUCAGUUAUAAAAAUGCUCAUUUCGAGUUACUAAUAAUUUACACCGCACGCACGUAACGUUCACAGAACAAAAACUUCCACACCAUUUGCUUUUGUCUGGCGACUAACUGGGUUCGUCUUUAAACCCGUCCAUUAAAAUACAAAAUGUUAAAAAAAAACGAACCAUACACCUCUUUCCCAUUGCCAUCGGUACCGUGGCAAAUCGCACUUUUUAUGAUUAAUGCUUUUCUGUGCCGCCAGGGAUGUCCGCCUUAUCCCAAACAUUCAUCCUGCCAUGCGAAGAAACCGAACCGCGGUGUAGCAGUGAAAAUGUCGAUAAACCAUACGUUUUAUAACGCGCCGUGCGUUAAGCGUGUCGAACGUGUAGGUGUUAUGUAGGUAUGUGUUUUAUGAGCAGGAACAAGAACAGGAACUAUAUUGUACAAAAAAGUAACACUUACUAGGAGAAAACCACGAUUAGUUAAACAUUACAUAGGACUUUAGUAAUAGUGAUGGUAAGGCGUAACUUUAAGCGAUCCGUUAAUGUGCGUGUAAAGAUUUGUUUUGUAAGGUAUCAAUAGUGUAUAAGCUGUAAAGAAGGCCGCACUAGCAGGGUUUAGUAAAGAGUGGUGGUAGUAAUUAUGAUCUCCAGAAGCCACAGGAGGGUUGCGUAAUGUAAUCGAAAGGGAGGGAAGGGACAGAAGAAAAUGCUAUUGUAAGGCAUACAAUCACAUCGUCAUUAACAGAUGAUCGAAACGAAAACAAUACAUGACCAGUUGAGAAAAUUA